AUGUGCAGUCUCUGGAUGGGUAAUUUAGAGCCUUAUAUGGAUGAAACUUUCAUCUCCAAGGCCUUUGCUUCUAUGGGUGAAAUUGUGGUGGGUGUGCGAUUGAUUCGCAAUAAAAUAACAGGAGGUGCUGCAGGGUAUUGUUUUGUAGAGAUGGAGGACGAGGCCACGGCGGAAAGAUGCCUUCGCAAAAUCAACGGAAAACCUUUACCGGGUGCCACCCCGCCCAAAAGGUUCAAGCUGAAUCGAGCCACUUACGGGAGACAUGCAGAAAAUAGCCCAUCCUUUUCUCUCUACGUGGGGAACCUUACUCCUGAAGUCGAUGAUGGAAUGCUCUACGAAUUCUUUUAUGAUCGCUUUCCAUCCUGUCGCAGCGGGAAAAUUGUGCUAGACAGCAGAGGCUACUCUAAGUGCUGUGGCUUUGUGGAAUUCCAGAGCCAGAGAGACCAGAAACGAGCACUGGUGGAGUGCCAGGGGACUUUUGGACUUGGCAAGUUGCCUUUAAAGAUUAGUGUGGCUGUGAGCAAAUUGAACAAGAGUGGGUCGUCUGAGAGCAGUUCCUACCAAUCAUGUGAUCAAAGCUACGCCCAAUACCAGUACUUCAACCCAAACCACCAACAAUGUAAUCUGAACUAUUAUAAUUAUGGCCAGUCUGUGAAUUAUGACUACAACUACUUAAACCCCUUUCAGAAUGUAUCUCAGGUUUGUGAGGAAGUGGAAGAUGAUGACCUAGUGUACCCUGAUGGUGAGUUGGAUGUGGUGGAAGCCAACAGGCUGUUCAUGGAUCAGAGUGAGGAACUGUAUGAUGCGCUGAUUGGCUGUUACUGUCAGCCUCCAGAAUCCUGGGCAGGAGUCACCUGUACUGUCACAUGUCUCCUUCCAGAACCUAUCUUUGACUAUGACAUUUAA